UCGUCCGGAGACAGCUGCCCGUCGUCAAAUCUUCCUGCCCGGGAAGCUUGACCGACUGCACCAAUUCACCCACUUUCAUCAUAUCUCAACACCACGGCUCCUCUAUUAUUCCACAGCUCAAUCCGCUCUUAACCACUCCAUUCGACCUACUCAUCUCCGCUGUCUAAUUUUCGUCGCUAUUUCUUUGUGCCCGAGGUCUCCCAUGGCCUUUGUCAACCGCUGACAGGCCACUGGGACGGCUUCGGCCAGACCCCGCAGUUUCCACGACCACCAAACGGCGGUGCAACGAAGAGAACAUUCCCCAGCGCACUCCGUUUGUACCACCAUAGAACCUGACCUCCCCCCUUCUCAGUAUGAGACGUCAAGAGAGUUGACAUCAAUCUUCGAGAGUGUCUGCAAAGGAUGCCCUUUGAAAGAGACCCCGAGCAGACACCAGCUAUCUUGGCUUCCCAAUAUGCUAUCCCGACUGACGAUCCAUCACCCGCCAACAAUUACACCACAAUGCCUUCCAGUCCUUCGAGUCCUUCAAGAGAUUCCUUCGCCACUCGGUUGCAGAUAUACUCGACACAGGUUCCGAAGGCGUGGGUCAGCCCAAUAUGUGGUGCCGGAGCAGGCCUCGCUUCUGGUAUCGUGACUUGCCCACUCGAUGUGAUCAAGACGAAACUACAAGCCCAGGGAGGUUUCGCUAAAAGAAAUGCAACCCCAGGGCACCCAACCACGUCACACAUAUAUAAAGGUAUGGUCGGAACCACUCGAGUCAUUUGGCGGGAAGAGGGCAUACGGGGCAUGUACAGGGGUCUGGGUCCUAUGUUGCUGGGGUAUCUACCUACAUGGGCGGUCUAUUUGACUGUAUACGAGAAUACAAGAGAGUUUUGGUACGAUAAAUGCGGGAGCUGGUGGCUAGCACGAUGCUACUCAUCCUUGACCGCUGGCGCGUGUUCGACGAUCCUGACAAAUCCAAUCUGGGUCAUCAAAACUCGCUUCAUGACUCAAAGCACCAAAGCGGCCAGCGAUGGAAUGCGCGCCCCUUACUACUACACGUCCACGUUCGACGCUGCCAAGAAGAUGUAUCAGCAUGAAGGAAUGCGAUCAUUCUACUCUGGCCUAACCCCAGCUCUACUUGGGUUGACACACGUCGCGGUACAGUUCCCGCUAUACGAGUAUUUCAAGAUGAAGUUUACGGGGUUCGGUAUCGGCGAGCAUCCAGCUCAAGACAGCAGUGCCAACUGGGCUGGUAUAUCGGCCGCCACGUUCCUGAGCAAGGUGUGCGCCAGCACGGCCACAUAUCCCCAUGAGGUCCUCCGCACUCGGCUCCAAACCCAGCAACGCAGGACUGGUAUGUCCACUUCCGACGGCUUGUCGGUAAAGGCACAGUACAAAGGCAUCGUCCAUAUGUGCCGAGUCAUCCUCAAAGAGGAAGGCUGGAGGGCCUUUUAUGCCGGCAUAGGCACGAAUCUCAUCCGAGCGGUUCCGGCCGCCAUGACGACAAUGCUCACAUAUGAAUGGUUACAGAGUACGAUGCAUCGUGCUCAGGAGAAAGGAGAACAACUAAAGCAGGAAGCUCAUGGUUCGCCAAUAUGAGCUGUGGAGAUCACCUGCAACUGGAUCUUCGCAUGGCGUUGGAAGGAGUUCCGGCGCUGGGUGCCCGUCAUAGACAGGCACUUGGUUCUACGCACUUUUUUUAGGCGCGCCAUGUCUUAUGCACGCGGCUCAGGUCAGCUUCACGUGACGUUGAACACUUUUAGAGUCGGAGUUGAACAUCAUGUCGUCCACAAUACGGAUCACGCCGGCUGAACAGUUUGCUUAGAUGCACAAGGAGACAUGGAAAGCAAGGUACGAGGGCCGAGGAAGGCUACCAUCGAGGCCACAUCGAUGCCAUGCCGUCAUCGGAGACAAGAGGAUAUGGGCUCACAGGCCACAUUAUCACUAUGA